GGAUGUAUGAAUAUAGAGUGAAAGUUCGAUGUCGUUGUCAAGGGGUGGAUUUAUGAAGCAUCCACUCUUCGAUAUCACCUAUCCUUCAUCUGCACUUUUUCCACCUACCCCAUAAGCUGACAAGUGUUUGGGCAAUAUAAGAAAGCUGGAUUUUCCACUCCUCAAGUUCCUCGUAUUCUUGCUCAUAAAGUUAAAUUCUGCUUUACCCCACUUCCCUCUCUCCAUCUUCCUUCUCACGAUGAAUACCAAGGAAUAUAUUAUAGAUGUGCUUCAACACCUAUACUUCCCUGUUCAGUUCAUGUUUGCCUCUGUCACAUUUAUACCCGGCACUAUUGUUUCCCUUCUCGCUUCUUCCAAUUUCGCUGCUCUGAGUUCUGUCGACAAGUUCAAAGAUGCAUGGUUUGCACGAUUCUGGGGUGUGUAUGGGCCUCGUGUUAGAGAGUCUGCAAGUACAAAUGCAGAGCCUAUGAUUAAAGCUGCUAGAGGUGUUGUACUAGAUAUUGGUCCUGCUAGUGGUGAGUGGUUACAUGUUUUUGAUAAAUCAAAGGUCACAAAGAUCUAUGGUGUAGAACCAAAUCGUGAUCAUUAUGAAGCUUUGAGAAGAAGAAUUAAGGAGGCGGGUCUCACUGAUGUCUAUGAGAUCGCCGAGUGUGGAGUUGAGGGGUUGACGGAAUGGGGCAUUGAAGAUGACAGUGUGGAUUCUGUCGUUACCAUUUUGUGUUUAUGUAGUGUUGGACAACCCGAGGAAAUGAUUAAGGAUUUGUAUAAGAAGUUGAGAAAGGGAGGUAUCUGGGCAGUUUAUGAACACGUGAUUAAAGAUCGGGGACAUUGGACUGACAAGUAUCAAUCUUUAGUCAAUCUUGCUUGGCCUCAUUUCUUGGGUGGCUGCUCCCUCAAGAGAGAUACGGAGAAGUCUUUGAGGGAAGUUGGAAAAUGGAGUAAGGUUGAUCUGACGCAUCCUGCUACAGAGGCUCCUUAUGCUAUCGUUCCACAUAUUAUGGGAACACUCGAGAAGUGAGUGCCACGAUUCAAAAGUAUACUCCACGAGGUAGCUCCUGUGGGAAUUGUGAUUCAUGGACGUCCUUCCCAGGAGAUUGAAACGAGGGACGCAUGCUAUCUCAUAAGGGAGAUUGUGGCGAUUGAGAAGAAUGUGGAAUCACUGCGUAGUUGUUCAAGCGAGGUCGCAAAGUUUUUAUGGAGAGAAGAAGAAUUGGUCUUCAAUUGUCAUUUCAUUGGAUAUCUGAGCUCUUUCGAGAGCUCCUAUUUAUUGUUUCAAAACCCGUCUUCAACGCAGUCGAACAGUUGACAUUCCAUGGAUAUAUUGAGAAUGACUACAGCUUUCACAAUCAUCAGUACUAAAAUGGUUCAUCCUGCUGCUAUCCGGUUAGUUUCAGGCACCAAACACAAGAUUGAGGAUUUUGAAGUUCUUAGCUAAACUUUGAUGUCGAAAUCCUGAAUAUUUCGUUUGCACAUUCGAAAUAAUGUUUUGAGGCCAUUUUUGAGUGACAUAAAAGGAAGUUUUUGAACAAGUUGAAACGAUACACUCUCCAGUUCCCGAGAAGAGAAACAGAAAUAUGACUUUAUAGGAAAAGAAUAAGACAAAAA